AUGGAGAAACUUAUAGAAUGGCUGUUAGCUUUUGACUUUGAAGGUUGUGGUCAAGACAAUGCUGCCAUUGCGGAAGGGCUUGCUGAUGCACUUGUGAUGAUUCCAAAGCCUGCAAAUGGAAUAGAAGCUGCACAAUAUUUUCUUGGAGAGAGGCAUUGCAUUCUUGUUGCUGCUAGUAACCCCUAUCCCAUUCCUUCUCAACUAGAGCUGCCAAAGAUCAGUGAUGGGUUUUGUGGUGUAGAAACAUACUUGAGCAUGACUGAUGCUAAGACAGUUGCUGAAAUGUUCGUUCAGUGCUUCGUGUCUCUAUCAGUAAUAUCCCCAAAGAAGUUUCCAAAACUUAGAGAAAUAUACAAUGCGGGAAAUGACAGCCACAAUGGAACAGAUCCUUCGUUAUAUAAUGCUAAACAUCCUCAGUUUCUUGUUCUAUUGUCGGAGAAAUUCUUGGAGGCUCAUGCUGCACUUUAUCAUUGUGAAACGAUGAGUACAUCAUCAAUUAAUAGUGCAGUUGCAGUGAGAACCAAUUCAGUACCCAUGAAUUCAAACUUUCGACUUGCCCGUUCAGGUUAUGAAUUUACAAUUCCAGAUAAAAACGUAACUAUCAUCCUGAACCUAUUUGUAGGACUCCCCCAGGACCAGAAUAAUAGUCCUGCAGGAAACAUUCCAACUGAAACAUCAACAGUGCCUGCUGUUUCACAAGACUGGUGUGUUCCACCACAUGAUUUUUCCACUAGCAUCCCAAUAAGUGGCCAAACUUCGUCCCUCUCCUAUAGCUUUAAAGAGGAGAUCACAGAGGAGGAAAUAAUGGGGGCACUCGGCCCUGAAAAAUUCACUUUGUCACAAAACACAAGUACUACAAAUCCAACAUCUGUUUGUGGCGGUACUCCACCCGAAAUUAUGACAUCUGCAGCUGAUGCUGGAGAAAAUUCCGGAGGUCAUUCCAUAAUGUCUACUGUCAAAGAGAAUCCUCAUGAUGACACAUCAGUAUUUGACUGGAGAUCAUUAUUGAGAGCCACACAAUGUACGGAAAGCACAAGUAAACAUUUGUGUUCAAUUACUAGUGCUUCUGGAAACUUGAAUAAUUCCAAGCCUGCUGAACUUGGAAGUAUGAGUACUAAAGAAAAAGGUCCCUCUAAAAGCAAUGAACCAAAGGGAGUUAUAUCACAGGCAUUAGCAGGGACUUCAGAAAGUUUGCAAAGCACAGCUGAUAGUUCAUUUAUGUCUUCUUCUUUUAUAUCUGGAAUUUCACAGCCUGAAAUUCUUCGAACCACAUAUGCUGGGAUACACAGCCCUCAUUUUUCCAUGUUGUCACCAAUGGCUAAAUCAGAGGCAUUGUCAGGGACUUUACAAACAACACAAACUUCGGCCAGUUCAUUUACUUCCAAUACUUCUAAGCUAUCUGGGAACUUGAGGACUAUGCAGCCUUUAGCAAGCCUUCGAAGAACCAUAGGCAAUAAUCGUUUGCAGUCUAAAAAAAGACAAAGAGGUCAAUUAGGUGUAUCAUCCCACAGAGGAAGAUCAGUUUCUAUUGUAGAAAGGUCUCAACAUAUAAGUGGGGGAACAGAAAUUUCCGCUGCCAUUGAUCUGGAACACAACUAUGUGAUGGCAUGGGAGGGAGACAUAUCUGCAAAGAAGAAAGACAAAGUUAUUAUUGUUAGUAGACUAAAGGCAUACCAAAAGAAGUCAGCACCAGAGACGCUUACUGCUGAUUGGCCACAGACACUGCAGAUUGUUCGUGAAAUCCCCCAACGGUUGAUCAAUAAAACACCAUAUGAUGGCCAUGCGGAUUACAUGAUCUUUGAAGCAUCCAAUGAUCACCGAGUAUAUGAACAAUUUAGAAAAAAGGAGCUUUGUGUAAGAAUCGACCUGCCUUCUCAGACAUUGAUCUUUACUCCAACUGGUGCACCAUGCCGUUUCAUUGGAACACUUUUUCCUGGGGAUUGCCCUCUAUACAAGUCAUGUGAACAAGAACAAAAUGAUCAAGCUACAGCAGAUGAAAGCGCAACGAAUGAAACUGAUUGAGCUUUAGCUACAAGGGGACUCAAUUCCAAUUAUUCAUUGCAGCCUAAUAAAGUCCUUUACAAACUCUUUUUAAACUUUAAAUUCUGUGGCGAGCAGAUAAAAGUUGACGUUAUAUGGAGUCGUUUCCAUGAAUUUUUUUUUUUUUUUUUUUUUUUUUAAUAAGACAUUUUGAUGAAUUGUUUUCAGGUCACUUUUGACAAAAAUUAAAAUAAAGAAAGACAGAUUAUAUAUA